UUGUCCGUCCCUCGCCUCACUCUGCCCCAGAUUCUGGGCGUCCCGAGUCACAGGAGUCUUCCACCGAGGCAGCCACACUCUGGGCUGGCUGAGAGCCCUUUGCUUUUAGCGCCUGCCGUCCUUCCGAAGAGCAGCAAGGAUGCUUCUACUCGGUGACUACCCAUCUGGCUCAGUCUGUCAUAAACGCAAACACACGCGAAAGAAUGUCCAUUCGUGUAACGUGAAAGAGGAGGAAUUUCAAAUGGUGGACGUCUCUAUUUCGCUGACAGAAAACCGGAAGCUGUCGCCUAGCAAUAAGCACUGCCCACGAGCCUCUCGACCAACCCAGGGGCCAGAGCAGCACAGAGCGGUAGCACGUGCUGACGCGUCGUCGGGUGCUACGGAAAGCCCCGAGGAGGAGGAGGAGAACGACGAGGCCGACGAGGAGGUGCUGGCUCCUCCCACUCGGCUGGUCGCCGUGGAUAUGGAGCGGCUCGUCCCGCCCAGGCCAGACGUUGUCUGGGAGACGGAGGAGCACGAUGGUCCACCCAUGGAGGUGCUCCAGGAGGAGAGGAUGGUGGUGGCUGGGAGCGAUGCACGACAACUCGAACGCGACUCGGACACGUGUCACCACUCCUUCCCGGUGCUUGAUUUCACGACAAUGUACCUUCACCAGGAGAGCGAUGAACCGAUCACGUGCCGCUCAUGGAGAGGGGGGAUGGAGGGUGACGGGGAAGCUCACGUAUCCUGGCUGCUAUCGAGCCUGAUGCUCGGCGACAGAGACGCUUCCACGCCACCUUCCUCCCAGAGGGAGCGCUCCUGUCACUCCUGGGAGGAGCAGCGCUUUAUCUGUGACAUCGAGGCACCCCCAUCGCCCCCCAGCCUGCACAACUUUGUUAGAAGACGAAGCUCCUCGCUGGGCUCGUGCCGGGAGGAGAUGGAUGAGGCAGCAAUGGUUCGUCUCGCUCGCAAGAUCCAGGCCCUCAAGAAGAAGAUCCACCACUUUGAGGAGCGUUUUGAGGGGGAGCGGAGGUACAUGCCUUCACAUAGUGAUAAGGCGGCCACCCCAGAAGUGCUUAAGUGGAUGAACGACCUUGCAAAGUCUCGCCGGCAGAUGAAGGAGCUGAAGCUGCAGCAGUCCGUGGAGGAGAACGUUGAUGCGAACACGCGACGGAGAAGCAACACGCUACCCAAGAGCUUUGGCUCACGGGGACACGUGGACUCGGGCUGCCGAACCUGUCAUGGGAAGGUGGAGUCUGCUGAGGAGGCCGGGGAGGAGCUUAGCAGGAAGGCUGCUGAAAAUGAGGUCAUGGCCAUGACGCUGCAGAGCAUCAUGGAGAGAAUCUGCGAGAAGCGCAAUGAGGAGCAGAGGCCUGAGGAUGUGACGGCCAUGACCAGAGAGCAAAUUGCAGCUGAAAAAACCGCCCUGCAGAAAGGACUGCUGCAAUUCGAGAAUGUUCACGGAAGGCUGGUGAGCAAGCAGGAGAAGCAGCUGCUGAAGCCCCUGUACGAGCGCUACCGCAUGGUGAAGCAGCUCCUCACACGCUCGCGCAAUUUCCCAAUCAUCGGCUCUCCCGCCAGCCUGCGUCGUCACCUCCUACUCAGACCAAUCAUCGAAGGACAGACCACACAGUUCUCUGACGACAUUAAGGAGGACACGGAGGAUGCUGACAACGUGCAGCGGGGAUGUCCCGAUGGAUGGACGGCUUCGGACACGGAACGAAAAAAUGAGGGAGGGUCCAUGGAAGACCAAGGAGAGUACAUGGGAGAGGAGGUGGAGGAGGAGCUUCCCGAAAGAGAUGGAGAUUGUCAGGGUCAGCUCUUCUUCCUGCGCCACUCGGAGGACGAGAGCGAUGCGGAGGGGUACGCGCCACUCAUGGAGGAGGCAUCCGGCAUGAGCAGUGCCAUCUCCAACGUCCACUCGCUCUCACUCUCUGAGCUCCUAGAGCAGCUGAGGGAGACAAAGGCAGAGAAGCGCCAUCUUCGGAAGACCCUGCGUGACUUUGAGGACCACUUCUACAGACAAAAUGGAAGGAACAUUCAGAAGGAGGACCGGCUGUCCAUGGAGGACGAGUACAAGGAGUACAAGCAGGUGAAGGCAAAGCAGCGGCUGCUGGAGGCACUGAUCACCAAGCACGACGCCUGCAAGGGCGUAUGAGGCUGCAUGCGUGUGUGCACGCACUGCACGACCUGGACCCCCGUUCCGCCCUCGCCACGCAUAUGUCGCGGGGGUACGGCGAGCAGCUCGUGAGGAUCGCGAGCCCCGCUUCAACGUCGAGAAAAAUAAAAUGAAAUAAAAUCACGAAGGAAAAACUCAGCAGCGGAUCCCCUGGGAGAGACACGAUAUCACCCCGUUAGGUGGGCUUUGUAGGUGGUGGGUAGAAGGGUAGGUGGGUGUAUGGCAGGUACAAUGGUUUGUAGGUGGUGGGUAGAAGGGUAGGUGGGUGUAUGGCAGGUACAAUGGUUUGUAGGUGGUGGGUAGAAGGGUAGGUGGGUGUAUGGCAGGUACAAUGGUUUGUAGGUGGUGGGUAGAAGGGUAGGUGGGUGUAUGGCAGGUACAAUGGUUUGUAGGUGGUGGGUAGAAGGGUAGGUGGGUGUAUGGCAGGUACAAUGGAGAUGCGUGCCCAAGAAAGCCAGAUGCCCCCAGUUACUACUUAAGGCUUUGGAUUGAGGUAUCCACACAAGCGUUUGGAGAUGUGAACUGCAUGCAGGUUGUAUUUCUAAAAACUACAUGGAGGAAAGAAGGUCUGAUAACAACUGAACGGCAGAGAAACAAAUUAAUUUCUAGAAGCAAGAGGUGUUUUUUUUCAUUCGACAUUGCUACAUCGGUUGUCUGAAGCUACGAUGGAGUCCCGCGAUGGGCUAUGCACACCAAGACCACUUGCAGCAAGAUAUCGGAGGCCCAUCUGUCGACACAGCACCUGGCUGGUCGAAAUCGUAUUGACAUAAUCCAGCGCGGCUGAUGGAAUGUCUACAGAUUAAGUUACGACUGGCCACGAUCAAGAAUUUGCCAGCCCUGUUUGACGUCAACUGAGAUUAUGCAAUGCACUAUUUAUUACUUUACAGAUAUUGGUGGUUGUAGAAGCCAUAAAAUAAAAACAAGCUGCAAAGACUUGAUAGCUUACGUCUUUUCAAGACAGGGUGUGAUGCUGACAGUAAUGCUGCGUCAGCUAUUGUAACUUGUCAGAUUUAACGGACUUUUAUUUUCUUUGAAAGGACUUUUCUUUUCUUCGAAAACCAACAAGGGCUGAGAAAAUACGUAGCAGCCAAACACAAGUCUUCAUGUACAAGGGUGUCCAUUGAGGUAUCAUCUAUUAUUGAAGAAAUCCAGUCAGCAAUUUUGAGCUGCAUGGGUUAUGUGAAAGGUAUAGUUAUUGCAAAAAAAACGAGUAACUUUGAUCAGCACAUGAUGGAUGCAAUUGUAGCUGAUAUGAUGGGCAAACACUUUAGACUCUCAAGCCUCAAUGCGAUGUCAUUGCCUUUGGUGGACACGUGGAGCCUAAGGGAUGAAACUUGUAAAUCUUCACUCUAGUAAGUGUCGAGUUUUAUUGACUUUAUUUAAGCUGUUGACCAAUUAUAUAUGUAUUUAUAAUAAUCACCUCAAUGGACACCCUGUAAUGCUGUUACCUCCUUUAUGAAGCAAAAAAUGAGACAAAAAUAUUAUUAGAAGCAGGUUUUCUGAAAUAGAAAAACUUGCAAAAACAAGUCUUAAAACUGGAUGGCUGGAUGGGUGUGAAGUGUGGGUGUUAGUUAUCUGGAGAUGCUUUUAAAUGGCCAAAAGGGGCCAUGUCCAAUGAUUGUAACAUGUUUGUGUGCUAACGGAAUCAUCUGAUACUAUUUAUUUGUAUCCCUGUGAAUUCUACAUCGCUUGGGCCAUGCAUGCACACUCUCACGAGCAAACGCCACUUUGUUAAUCGGAGAGUGCACACCCAGAUCGUUAGACAAAGCCAUGGAAGAGUGGCCUGCUCACGCAACCUGUAGGGGACAAAUUUGAAGAGCGAGUGCACACUUUCACUUGUGUAGUACAGACAGAGGAGAAGGGGUACUUUGAAUCAAAGCUUCAGGGCCUCUUGAACACCCACUUUGCCGAUUGGCAUGGGAACGCCAAGUCCUCGGGCUGUUCAAACACCUUCGCGAGGUAACGCGUCUGCUUGUGGCACAACGCAGGUUCUCAUCUCCAAGCAUGCGUGCAGGUUUUCUUUGCGAGUGAACAGGUUUUGGUGUUAAAGGCAAAGAACCCCCCCCCCCCACCCCGUAAUGAUGCAUUGAGACUUACAUCAUUAGAAAAUGUGCCUUUUUUUUCCAAGGCCGCAGCAGACACUGUAGAGGCUGUCAAGACUGCAUGUUGUAGGAUCCCCAGGUUAAUAUUUGAGCGCAAAAUUUAAAUUCGGAGGAUCGAGGAAGCGCAGCAUUGUGAGAUGGGUAUUGUGCUGUGCACAAUGGUUAAUAUUCUGCUGCGGUUGGACAUAAGUGGUAGAGUGUUACACUAUGUAAUCGCAUUAGGUUCUGCUGCAGCUUAAUCGGCUGUUUUUAUAAGGACAUAGAACACACUUGAUACCCCAAGUUAAACUCUUCCAGAACACUUCAGCUCUUGGCACUUUGAAGAGGGUAUUUUUGUAUGUUGAAUAUUCGACAUUUUGUUGCGUGUCCUUCGUCUUUUCACGUCAUUCCAUUGUGAAGGGCAUUAAUUGCAAAUGGCACGGAUCACUUUUUUUUCUGCGUUGUCGGAGUCGUUCGUGUUGUUUGACGAGCACGUUAAUGGGGGGGGCGCGGCCGCUUGCGGUGGCAGCGGCAUCAUCAUUAAACUUUCGCUGAGAUUGUGUUUGACCUAAGUCUUUAAUGCAAUAAAAAAUAUAUAUAUAACAGAGCUGCCAGUGUUUCAAAGACAGAGCCUAAUCAUAUUCAGAGCGUGUACCUGUCUGCAACAAUCAAUUGUAUCAAAACAAUAAUUAAGAGAACAAGCAUGUAGCAAGAGCUAUGCAGAAAUUAUUAAUUAUUAGACAAGUACAUUGUCAUGGGUGUUUAAGGCAGAUGUAAUGCAAUAAGAGUAAGACAAUUGGACUUUAGAUUUAAUACAAAUGUGUUCUGCUCACAAACAGCAGGGAGGUAACUCCCAUUAUGCCUUGCAUGCACGUCAUGUGACCACCGCAUUGCAUAUAAUGCACUCUUAGCCCUGUCUAAGCCACCAACUUGGAAACCGAGCGUGGGGCUGUUUUAAUGUUGAGGCUACCAAGUCAAUUUGAGUUAAAAACUGGCCAUCCCAAUAGACAAGGUCCAGAGCAUUGUAGAUACCAUGUGGUGAUGGGAGUUGUGCCUUCCUUACUGUUUGUGUGCAGCACAGCUUUGUGUUUUAUUAAAUCUAAUUGCGUCCAGCCUGCACAAAUUCUCCUGCCAUGAUGGGCUUUCUCAAUUUACAGAAAGUCCCAGAUCUGAUAAGUUGGGAGUUUGCUAAAGCAACUCCAAAAGAAGCGUCUUGCCUGUGCAUACAGCUGUACAUAUAUUUAAUGAAAGUAUCGAGAAAAUAAAUGUUUAAAUUCAGAAUGAAA